CGUUCAUCCAGUCAGAAAACAUAAUUGAGAUAAUACACUUCGGCGACGGAGGCUUGUUACAGACGGAGUCCGACAUGGGCCUCAGUUCAUAUCAACAGAAAAGUGCAUCCCUACAUCGGGGCAACUGCAGACCUAUCCGGUUUGAACCACCGAUGUUAGACUUUCACGAACAGCCAGUGGGGAUGCCAAAAAUGGAAAAAGUAUACUUGCACAACCCCAGCACAGAAGAAACAAUAAUUUUAGUAUCAAUAUCAGCAACAACAUCACAUUUUCACGCAUCAUUUUUUCAAAAUAGGAUAAUUCCACCUGGAGGAAACACGUCUUUUGAUGUAGUUUUUCUCGCAAGGGUAGUGGGAAAUGUAGAAAAUACUUUAUUUAUUAAUACAUCACUUCAUGGGGUAUUUACUUACCAGGUGUUUGGUGUUGGUAUACCCAACCCUUAUCGCUUGCGCCCAUUUAUAGGGGCAAGGGUUCCUGUAAAUAGCAGUUUUUCACCUUUAAUAAAUAUACAUAAUCCUCACAGUGAACCAUUACAAGUGGUAGAAAUGUAUUCCAGUGGUGGAGACUUGCACUUAGAACUUCCAACAGGUCAACCAGAGGGCCCGAGAAAAUUAUGGGAGAUCCCACCCUAUGAAACAAAAGCAGUGAUGCGAGCCAGUUUUUCCUCGAGAGAAGCAGAUAAUCAUACAGCCUUCAUUAGGAUAAAAACAAACUCAUCGGAUAGCAAAGGCUUCCUUAUUUUGCCUGUUGAAGUGGAGGUUACCACAGCUCCCGGAAUUUACUCCUCAAUAGAAAUGCUAGAUUUUGGUACAUUACGAACACAAGAUCUUCCAAAAGUCUUAAACCUUCAUUUAUUAAAUUCAGGAGCAAAAGAUGUACCGAUAACAAGUAUUAAACCUGCUCCACCAAAUGAAGCUGUUACAGUAGACUUUAAGCCAAUUACGUUGAAAGCAUCAGAAACGAAAUAUACCAAAGUAGCAAGUAUUAUAUUUGAUGCUUCAAAAGCAAAAAGAGCAUUGCAGUUUUCCGGGAAAAUAACUGUGAAAGCAAAAGAGAAAAGCUACUCAAAACUUGAAAUCCCAUACCAGGCAGAAGUGUUAGAAGGGUACCUGGGAUACGAUCAUACAGCAACACUGUUUCACAUCCGGGAUAGUCCUGCAGAUUCAGUGGAAAGACCGAUCUAUCUUACAAACACAUUCAAGUUUCCGAUCAUCAUUCACAAUGUAUCUUUACCACAAGAUGCAGAAAUGAUGUUCAAGAUCAAAAACUUCAGCGAACCUGUUUCUGUUCCUCCCCACAAAGCACUCUACAUAUUCUCUCUCCUCUUCACGCCUACCACUUCUUCUAUACAUAUAGACAGCAAUAUUCUACUCAUCACCAAUGCAUCCAAAUUCCAUCUGCCUGUCCGAGCCUACACAGGGUUUUUAGAUUACUUUGUACUUCCCCCAAGUUUAGACGAACGGCUUCUAGACUUUGGCAUUUUGAGUGCCACGGAAGAUGGCAGUAUCCUCUUUGUUGUCUUGAACAGCAACCCAAUUGAGCUUGCAGUGAAAGCCUGGUAUAUAGUGGGAGAUGGCCUCAGUAUUGAGCUACUGAAGGUAGACAAAGGCAACAGGAGUACAAUCGUUUCAAUCCUUCCCAACUUAGAAAACUCAUCUUCAACAGAACAGUCUUCUGUGAUACUAGCGUCCGGUUACUAUGCAGUGUUUAGAGUGAAACUGACUGCAAACGAACUUGAAGGAUCGUACGACGGAGCGAUUCAGAUCACAACAGAUUAUGAGAUUUUAACCAUCCCAGUAAGGGCACUUAUUGCUGUGGGCUCAUUAGCUUGCUCGCCAAAGCACAUUAUGCUUCCACGCUCAUUUCCAGGGAAAAUAGUUCAUCAUAGUUUAAAUAUAAUGAGUUCCUUCUCACAGAAGGUGAAAUUACAGAACGUGCGUUCUCUGACAGAGGACGUGCGAUUCUAUUACAAGCGAAUCAAAAGUAAUAAGGACGAUUUAGAGCCGAGAAAGAAAUCCAAGAUAGCAAAUAUUUAUUUUGAUGCUGGUUUACAAUGUGGGGAUUAUUGUUAUGUGGGAUUGCCUUUUUUAUCUAAGUUGGAGUUGAGGUUGCAGCAUAGUCUCACAAUGCAAGAUGAUGUGUGGGGUUCAGAUUUGGAUCUGUAUAAAAAUUUGUACGAAAAGUGGACGAAACUUAAAGAAAACUCAGGGCACAAGAUGGAUGUUGUGUUUGAAGUUGACACAGAUCUACAGAAAAACGUGCAAGCAGUGGCCACAGCAGAGCUGGUGUGGCCGACAUUGGUCAGCGCGGCACGGCAUUUAAUCUUCCCUCUGACAAACACAAAUAGCACUUCAGAACAAGAGCUUAUUUUAGAAAAUCCAGCAGAAGCCCCUGUGUUUGCUCAACUUCUUCCUUUAGCAUUGUAUCCCAAUGCUUCGCUCGUCGCAGAUGUGUUAAUAGAAAGGCUCCACUUGGACAAGCAUGCAAAUAUGGAUACAAAGACAUUUGAAUUUAAACUGUUCAGUAAUCACACAUCAUCUGUUAAAACGUUUUCAGGAUUUAUAGAAGGUCCUACUCGGCAACCUGUUCUGAAUAUAAUUCUGAAGCCCGGUGAAAAAAGAACUGUAACUGUGAAGUUUACACCAGUUCACAACAAAACUGUGAUGUCCUUAAUUAUUAUAAGAAAUAAUCUGACGGUAGUGGAUGCGGCGAUGGUACAAGGGCAAGGAACCACGGAGAGCUUGAAGCUUGCAGGGAAACAGCCAGGUCCAGGAAGUUCUUUGCGUUUCAAAAUUACCGAAGCUUCGCUUAAAGAUUGUUCAGAUAAAAUGAAAAUGAAGGAGCCAAACUUCACAUUGAAGAGAAUUUUUAAAGUAGAAAACACAGGGCAACUCCCAGUUUUUGUCAAGUCUAUGGAAAUCAGUGGAUAUAUCUGUGAAGGAUAUGGCUUCAAAGUUGUAAACUGUCAGGAGUUUGCACUAAAACCAAAUGCCUCUAAAGACAUUAUUGUAUUGUUUACACCAGAUUUUACUGCCUCCAGAGUUAUCCGUGAACUAAAACUUAUCACCGCAGGAGGCUCUGAGUUUGUGUUUGUGUUAAAUGCAUCACUUCCUUAUCAUAUGUUGGCAACGUGUGCAGAAGCCCUGCCUAGACCCAACUGGGAGCUGGGACUGUACAUGAUCAUCUCAGGAAUAAUGAGUGUUUUGUUCCUUUUGGUGAUUGGAACAGCUUAUUUAGAAGCUCAAGGAAUUUGGGAGCCCUUCAAAAGGCGUCUGUCUUUAGAGGGGUCCAACCCUCCCUUUGAUAUGGGAAGGACUUUUGAUCUCAGGAGAAUAGUUGGUAUUUCAUCAGAUGGAAAUUUAAAUGCACUUGGAUCGGAUUCAAAUCACAAUUCUUCAAGAGGAGUAUUUGGAGGAGGUGGUUCUUCGAGACCCAGUGUGGCCAAUCACAAGCUGUUCACUGCAUCACAGUUGCAUAGCAACAGAAGCCCUUUUGACUUUGAAAGUCCAAAACUAAAAAACAAUUUUGCAAACGUUAGCACUGGUAGAACGUCUACCCCGGCAGCGUCCGCCACCUCCGCUGCCAAAACCAGCCCCAUCGGCCUCGAGCCAGGAGCCCCCAGAGCCAGACGAACAGGCGGUCGAACACAGAGACAGCCCCAGCAAACACACCAGCAACAGACGCAAGUCCAGCCGGAUCCACAGUCAUCAUUACCACAAUUGCCAGCAGUGCCUCAGCAACAGGAGCAGCAACAUGACAACACUGUGUCCCACUUGUCAGCUCCCGCUGCGUCAUGUACAGACAGUGUAAAUACAAGGCACAGCUCUGAGGACUCUGAUAUCACCAGCCUUGGAGAUACAGUGGACAAAGAAUGUGAACUUCCUGAAUCCCCAUCCCCAGAUGUUUUUACAGAACAGCCCCCAUCUCCAGCCUCAAAAAAUAAAGGGAGAAUAAAAACACAGCGCAAAACUAAAGCACAGAAAAAACGUGAGGAAAAAGAUAAACGGACGAAAGGAAAGCCGCAAGAGGACGAAUUGAAGGACGCAGAUAACGAUGACAGCUCAUCAACUACCACGGAAACAUCCAAUCCAGAUGUGGAAUCAUCCCUAAAGGAGUCUCCAGAUUCAGAGAAGAAAAAAGGGAAACCAGUUUUACCUAUCAAAGAGAAGGACGACACAGAUAUAUUUCUCACAUUAAAAUCUAAAGGAAAGAAACCCCAGGGAAAUAUCAAAAAGGAAAGUCAGAAUGACAUUAAGUCAAGUUCGUUGGAGCUGCCGUACACUACUCCCCUGGAGAACAAACAGCGCAAAAACUUUCCAGCCAAAAUAGUACCACAGCCCUUGACAACUGUUCCCAAACUGAGGAACAUCCCCAAAAGAGUGCCUGGUAAAUUAGUAGAUGGGAGGCCAUCUCCAUUGGUAAAGUUCCUUUCAAGCAGUUCCGGCCAGGAAAUGGGCAACAGUAGCAGUUCAGAGGGUGAGAAAGACUCUCCGCCACCUGAAUGGGACAUUGUACCCCUUUCCAAGUCCAGUAGUUCUACAGAUAGCCUUCACCAACUCUCGAUGCAGACCCUCAAUGCCGAUGUCUUCCUGAAGAGACAGAGCUCUCCUAUGCCGGGACCUCCAUCUCCACCACCUGCCAUGUACAACUUUAGUCCACGAGCCAUCAGUUACAGCAGCAUUGUCAACAAUAGUGACGUUGGCUUCAAACCAGUGAACAGCAAUAAAUCCAAAUUUACAAAAGCACCAUCUCUCCCUGGGAAAAACGGCAAUCCCACCUUUGCAGCUGUCGCCGCAGGCUAUGACAAGAGCCCAGGAAGCAGCGGGCCAACAAAAGUACCUCUGAACAAUGCAGAAGCUUGUGGCAACAUUCCUAACUCGCUAUGUAACGUGGCUUCUUUUGAGAGCGAUGAGUCAGAUAGCAGCUCCAAUUUGUUGAGCCCUUGCAGCGUCAGUGCCACCAGCAACGCUGAGUUCGUUCCUCCCAACUCGUUUUCAGCAUUUGGACCCAGCAACUCCUUCAACCUGACUGGCGAGGUCUUCAGCCCUCAUGUGCUCUCAAGAACAACCUUUAACAAUCGGGAAGUUCCACAAAAUUGGACGGAUUAUAGUUCUGCCCCAUCCACAUCCAUCUGGGACCCCACUUCUGCUGACACUCGCACUACCUGGCCAUCGAGCACUGGCUCUCCAACUCAUUCAACUUCAUCGAUCCUUUUGGGCAACUCCACCAGCAGCUUGUGGUCGACCACUCCUUUCAGUAACCCCAUCUGGUCAGCCAGCGGAGACAACAGCCUGCCCUUCACCACACCCACCAGCAACAACCCUCUGUCCACCGAUCUGAUGGGCGGGGAGAACCAAGCUCCCGGCCUGAUCGAAGACCUGUGCAGAAUAUUUGACCCCUGGAAGAACCUGGACAAUAUCUGGCGUCCCACUCCUGGAAGGCGAAGUUCCGAUCCCUGGUCGAACAACUCUAACUUUCAGCACGAGAACUGAUGUGAGCUGCGCCCAGGACUCGGAUCAGAAGCACAGUAUGACUUAGCUUAAAGCGUGAAAUAUUGACGAGGAUGAGCCUUUAGUCCAGAAACUCUUACUCAGGUUCCUUUGCGCAACAGAGGACCAAUCUGUUCUGAGUUGCACGGAGAAACGUGUGUCCGGGUUCCUGGAACAGGCUCCAGUUCUCAGCCAUAACUAAUCAUUAUUUUCGCUUCCUGCCACACGAUUAUGAUUCGCAUCUGCUAUAACACAGUUCCUCGAUCCUGACUGUAAUUAAGAUUGUAUCAGAUUGCUGUUACCCAGUGUUAACAGAAAGGCUUUGUUUCGUUACGAUGUACUCGAGCUUUUAAAAGAAAACACACAAAAAAAAAUCACUGAUUUUUUUUUAUUUGGUCAUCUCGUCGGUCAUCUCGUCUUCAGUGAAAUACAUCUUUUAAAAACAAAAACUUUCAGUUGGGGAGGGGGAAAAAACAAAAGCAAACAUACAAGGGAGUGAAGGCGCGAGUAUUUUAAAUGCAUCCUUUUAAUGCCACGUCCACAGGAAAGUAUCAUGGUAUGUUUUUAAGGUAAUGGAGAAUAAGGUUUAUAUCUCUCCCUCCCCCUCCAGUAUUAAGUUCAAGUUCCUCUGGGUUUUUUUGUGAGAAAAUUACUGACACCCUCUUCCUCCCCCCCUCCCUGCCUCUCCGCCCC